UAUGGCUGGUUGGCCGCAGGACGAUUGAGGAAGUGAGGAAGUGAGUCUGAGUCUGUUGUUUGGAUAAGACAAGCCCUGUUACAGGCGACAGACAGGUGCUUUCUGAGCUCCACGCAGCUAGUUGUUUGUUUCUUCGAAAGUUAGUUCCACAGUGAGUUUGGUGGAUAGGCUUCUUCAGGUGCCACCAUGACUUUCCCGGCUGUGGUGCACUCACUCCGGGCCGGACUGUGUCAGGUGUGGCCGGUGAUCGUGUUGGAGGAGCUGGGUAGCAGUUUGUUUGACACCGCUCUACAGAUGGUUGUUCUGGAUCGCUCUGCCACCGACCCUGACAGCCACAGCCAGCAGAUCGCCAUGACCAACUUUUACAUGAUCUACAAUCUCAUCGUUAAAUUCACUCCAAUUCUUCCUGCGCUGUUCCUGGCGCGCCUGGGGGACCGCGGGUGGAGACGGUUGCCAGUGAUAGUGCCGCUGGUCGGGUACCUUGUGUCCAGACUGGCGCUGAUGCUGGUGGUCAUCUUUGGUUUACCCAUCGAGGUGAUGUACGGAGCCGGGGCGCUUUUCGGUCUGUCAGGGGGGUACGCCGCCUACUGGCCAGGCGUCAUGACGCUGGCGUCACUGGCCUCCACUGCGUCGAAGAGAUCCAAGACCCUGAUGCUAGUGGAGCUGCUGUAUGGGAUAGCAGGCCUGGUAGGCAGUCUGGUUUCAGGACACCUCUUUCAGCUGUACACCGCCAGUUUGGGACAUGGCAUCAUCCUGUUAAUCAUCAGCACCAUUGUAGGUGUGCUUUGCCUCCUACACGCUACACUGCUGCUUCAGGUGACAGAUGUCUCCAACAGAGAGGAAGAAGAUGAAAGUUGUGGCCUUAUUCCUCCUUCAGUUCACAGCGAGCCUCCCAUUCAGAAAAACUUACCCAAUAUCAUUCUAUUGUUCAUUUCCGCCAUCUUGUACAGCUCUGCAGUUGGUGGGGCCAUAAAUGUACUUGGGGCCUUUGUGAUGAAAGAGCCACUGAGUUGGGAUGCCAAACAGGUGGGCUAUGGAAAUGCAGCAGGCUGUUUGAUCUUCAUCACCAGUUAUUUGGGGCUGAUUGUUUUGCGUCGCUACUUCAGUGAGACCAGUGUCAUUAUGAUCGGCAUGCUGUCAUUUACCUCUGGGAUUUACUUCAUGUCCUUUGUCACGACUACGUACUUCUUUUAUCUGGCUCGGUCACUGAACCUGCUGGCUCUCAUCCCUAUGCCCACAAUAAGAUCUCUGCUUUCUCAACAAGUCCCCAAAUCCUCCUGUGGUAUGACCCUCACCGCGCUGCAGGUAUUUCUGAAGUUUGGGGCAGCGGCCUACAUCCCCGCCUCCACCAAGAUCUACCAGAGCACGCUGGACUGGUUCCCGGGGUUUGUCUUCACACUGUCGAGUGCCUGCUCUGUGCUGGCAAUGAUCCCCAUCAGUAUUGUGGGAUGCAGAACCCAGAACUUACAGUAUGAAACUAUCCAGGGAGACUGAGACUGCCAAACAGACGCCAAAUUGACCCCAGACACAGAAGUGGUUGAAGGAUUCACUGUUCAUACAAAAUGAAGAGUUACACAGACACAGGCCUUGGGAAGGUACUUAUAUGCACAGAAAUAUACCAUAAUAUGGUACCAUGCAGCUGACUUUGUACUGAUGUAGCCAGAGACAUCUACAUAAAGUACUUUUACUUGAGGAACUUUUAGAAUAAAAUUAUACUUCUCCAAGUAGUUUUCAGACACCAAGUCUACAAAAACAUGAUAGAAAUCUUUAUGUUGACAAUAUACAUUUUUUAAGUUUCUUGCAUCACUUCUUCAUGUAUGAUUUAACUUUUAUUUUUUGGUGUUUACUUUACUAGAUUUUGCACAUUAUUGUUUUGUUGUUCCAAUUCCAGACGUUACAUCCAAACAGUUACUUUUAUAAGUACUAUUACAUGAGUAGUUCUCCAAAAUAUUAUUUUUACUACCACUACCUGAGGUAGACACAUUUCUUUGCCAAGUGAAUUUACAAAGCAAAAAAUCCUGCAGGUCAGGAGUAUAGUUUCCCUUUGUUACUGUAUAUAUAGUAUUAAAAUGUACUUUGUUUAUGUAUAAAAAGCAGUCAUUCCACUUGUGCAGUUUCUUAAUGGUGCACUAUUAUAAUUAUGUACAUAAAUAAAUUAUUUAACAUGCA